AUGAAGGUGGUAUCUUGGAAUGUUAGGGGUUUGGGUUCUAAACAGAAAAGGAGGCUCAUUAAGCACUCCUGCAGGAGAAGCAACCCGGAUGUCAUUUGCCUUCAGGAAACAAAGGUUCGUCAGUUCAGCGACUCCCUCAUGGAAUCUAUUUGGAAGUCCAAAGAUGUUAGAUGGACAGCGUUACAUGCUUCUGGCAGUUUUGGAGGUAUUCUGGUGGCCUGGAAUUCUUCCAGAUGGUCUCUCAUCGAUACUUGGUCCGGGACGUAUUCGGUUUCUGUUAUCUUACACGAUGCUUUGUCUGACUUCCGCUACCUUGUUUCCUCGGUGCAUGGCCCCAAUUCCGAAGACAGCAGAAAGGACUUCUGGGUAGAAUUAAGUGCCUCGAGACUUUGUUUUUCGGACCCUACCUGUCUGGUGGGCGAUUUCAAUAUGAUCAGAUUUGUUGAAGAAAAGUCUCAUGGCAACAAGGUCUCCCCCGCCAUGGGAGCCUUUUCAGCCUGGAUUGAUGACCAAGAUCUUGUAGAUCUCCCUCUCCUUGGUGCUCGGUUUACUUGGACUAAUGGGAGGGCUAGCCCAAUUCUAUCCAGGUUAGACAGGUUCCUGCUCUCUCCUGAAUGGCUAGAUUACUUCUCCUUCAUCUCGCAAUCCGCCCUCCCGAUAACAACUUCAGAUCACUGUCCGAUUCUCCUCUCAGCUGAGGAGACUAACUUGGGCCCGAAACCUUUUCGGUUCGACUCUUGGGUAAAAAUAGAUAGUUUUCGUCAGAUUGUAGCUGAUUGGUGGGGUGACUUCAAAGUGGAAGGCUUUGCGGGCUACAAAUUGUGUUUUAAAUUCAAACUCUUGAAGGAAAAAAUAAAACGGUGGAAGCUUCAGCAUCUCCUCAAAAGGCAAUUGGAUCUUGACGUCAUCACGUCCCAGCUGCAAAAAAUCGACGCGGGUAUCGAAGCUAGCGAAACGUCAUUGGACAUCCUAUCCACCAGAAUUCAACUCAUUCAGUCCUUGUCUUCUAGAAUCCUAGAAGAUGAAAUUUCCUGGAAACUUAAAUCUCGGGUGAAAUGGCUAAAGGAGGGAGACAAAAAUACCAAAUUCUUUCACAGUAUCACCAACAUGCACGCCAGAUAUAAUAAAAUCAGCAGCAUCGUCGUCAAUGAAGUGCGUGUAAAGGAUAAAAAUGCUAUAGUGGAAGCAGCUUCGGAUCAUUUCAGUUCUCUUCUCAAGGGCAACAACAGAGACGGGCUAGGCCUGGAUGACCUCCACCUGGAAGCUGUUUCUGUUAAAGAGGCCUCUCUCCUCGAACUGCCUUUUUCUGAAGAAGUGAAGCUGGUGACUCUGGGGGGAGACAAAGCUCCAGGCCCGGACGGAUUCCCCAUCUCUUUCUUCCGAUUGUUCUAG